AUGGCAGUCUCGUUCCAACGCAUCGAGGCCCUCAGGGGCUUGGACAUUGCCGACGAGUUCUUUGUGGCCGCCAGAGAUGCCGAGCUACACUAUCACGAGGAAUAUGACGCCGCCGUUACCAUCCAGAAGGCGUGGCGGGGAUAUGCAACGAGGCGCUGGAAAUCGGAGCUCCGGGGCGUUGCUCUGCAGAUCCAGAGAAUCUACAGAGGAUACAUCGGAAGAAACUCGUUCGAGAAGAAGGCGCUGGAGAAGAACCAUGCCAAGCGAAUGAAGAUGUACAACGCCAUGGCGACCAACAUCCAAAAAAUAUGGCGAGGGUACUACUCGCGCAAGUUCAAGUUUGACUAUUACAGACGCAAGGAAUACAUCAAGCACAUCACCAAGAAGGUACGUCCGGAACAGUACGCACCGCCUAUCGAAACUCAUCAUGACUGUCCCGCACAGAUGGACAAAAUACGGGAGCAGCUGAAGAUUCACGAGAGCUUCCAGAAACAGCUCGUGGAAGAGCAGCGAGAAGAUGAGGAGCUGGCUAGACUGGAAGCUCUGGCUGGGCGGAGCCACCACUUGCUCAGCACAAAGGCCAUCCCUGGUGUCUGGUCAAGCGUGCCGGACUGGCGAUGGAGCAGGGGCAACUCGAACGAUGCAGGCACCACCAAAACCGACGGGACAUCGCUGGCGCCUCUGCGGGUACCAGAAAGCAAGCUCCAGUACAACACAUUCUUGAAAAAGUGGUAUCGCGAGACAAUCGGCCGGAAUCACCGCGGCAUCCAAGUCAAGCCACCAUCGGGCUCCGAGGACCUGGACGAGUGCGAAGGGCAAAAGUGUGCCCAGGGCCCAUUCUUGCCACGGGGCCUGAUGCAAAAGCGCCGUGACCGGGGAUUCAAGCCGACACUGCGGGUCCAGACGGAUUACUUUGACAACCGAAACUACCAGCUCGAAGAGAAGAGGGUGGAACUGACUCAGCGAGGCAAGUGGAUGGGCUGUCGAUGA